AUGUCUCUGGACCACCUGGGGACCCGUGGCCAUGAUCACUGGAACCGGGCAGCUCCGCUGAGUCUCCCUGACAUGAAGUGGCUUUGGGUGGUGGCUUUUGUGGCACCUGCCUGCGCUGUUCCCUACAACCACACGGCGGGCAGCACUGGGGAUGAAGUAAAGCCGGACCCCCCUGAGGAUCUGCGGGUCUCACCCAUCCCUGGGGAGACCAAGAAGCUGCUGCUGGAGUGGAGCCCGCCAGGGUCCUGGCCCUUCCCAGAGUACUUUCCGCUGAAGUAUCGUAUCCGCUAUGCCCGGGAGGAAGGGUCUGUCACCAAAACGAUCGGGCCAUACGAGCAAACAUCUUACACCCUGACGGGAGUGGUACCCGGGACCCUCCACCACAUCCAGGUGGCUGCCAAGGACAUCACAGACUCUGGGGAGUUCAGCGCCUGGAGCCUGCCGGCGUCGGGGAUGCCCUGGAUGGAGCCGUGA